AGAGCCCGCGGGCGCGCGGGAGAAGGCGAGGGCGCACAAAAGUUGGAGCCCAAUCAGCACCGAGUCCAGCUCGCGAGUCCCAACCUUCAGGUGACCCCGCGCGGCGGCGGCGGCGGCGGCGGCGGCGACCAGAGCCCGCAGCAGCUCGGAGCGCCUCCGGCAGGAGAGGAGGCGAGCUCGGCGACUCGUCACCGCCGCCCGAGCGCCGAGCUCGGCGGCCCGGGGCCGGGCGCCAGCAGGCGGGAGCCGGCACGCGCGCCCCCUCGCUCUGCCCCCGCGCGCCGUGCGGGCUGGGCCGGGGCGCCCGGGAGUGCGGGCCCGCGCCGCGCGCCGGCCUCACCCCUCCCCGCCGCCCGUGAACACCGGAGGUGUGCGCGGCGGCGGCGGCGGCGGCGGCGGUGAGUCGGGCCGGCCGGGCUGCGCUUCUCCGGGGCAGCCGCGGCCGGCGGCGGUGCGCGGGGCUCAGGAUGCGGCCGGGGGGCGCGCUGCUCGCCCUGCUCGCCGGCCUGCUGCUGCUGCUGCGCCUGCNCGAGCUGUGCGCGCUGCGGCCCGCGCCCCGCGCGCUCUUUUCUUCCCGGCGGUGCAGGCUCUUGGCGGAGGAGGGCAGGGACGCCACCCGCGGCACCCCCGCCGCGCUGAGGACGCUCCGGAGCCCCGCGACCCAGCUGCCGCGCCCCACGAACAGCACAUAUCUGAAUGAGAAGUUACUCCAGCUGGCGGAAACAUGCAAAAGUCUGCAAGAUGGCUUUGUGACUCUAUCUAGCAAAGUAAAAAGGUAUUUAGAGAGUGACUAUCUUCAAACUAUCAGAAGUAUACAGAGCUGCCCGUGGAGACGACAAGAAGAACAAUAUGAGAACUUUAGAGCAAAGCUUGCCUCCUGUUGUGAUGCUGCCCAAAACUUCAUUGUUUCUCAGAAUAACACUCCAGCCGGGACCAACAUGAGUUACGAGGUGGAAAGCAAAAAUGAAAUCCUGAUUAGAGAGAACAUUUUUAAUAUGUUUCCAGCGUCGCAGCCUUUUAUGGAAUACCCUUACAAUCAGUGUGCCGUGGUUGGAAAUGGGGGAAUCCUGAAUAAGUCUCUUUGUGGAGCCGAAAUAGACAAGUCCGACUUCGUUUUUAGGUGUAACCUCCCCCCAAUUACAGGAAAUGUUAGUAAAGACGUCGGCAGUAAAACCAAUGUUGUGACUGUAAAUCCCAGUAUCAUAAAACUCAAGUAUGGAAACUUAAAGAAAAAGAAAGAAAUAUUUCUGGAGGACAUUGCAACCUACGGAGACGCCUUCCUCCUUCUGCCGGCGUUUUCUUUCAGGGCCAACACCGUCGCCUCUUUUAAAGUGUAUAACACGCUCAAAGAGUCUAACGCAAGACAAAAGGUUAUAUUUUUCCAUCCCAAGUACCUGAGAAACCUCGCCCUUUUCUGGAGAACUGAAGGUGUGACCGAGUUUCGCCUGUCCUCUGGCUUGAUGAUCACAAGCGUGGCCGUGGAACUGUGUGAGCACGUGACGCUCUACGGGUUUUGGCCCUUCUCUCGAACGGUGGAGGACACGCCCGUCAGCCAUCACUACUACGACAACAACCUGCCCAAGCGCGGCUUCCACGAGAUGCCCAAAGAAUACAGACAAAUUCUUCAACUUCAUCUGAAGGGAAUCCUCAAAUUACAAUUCAACAAAUGUGAAAGAACCUAAGCUUAGGGUCUUAAGGUGGGAACCGUGUUCCUACCAUGAGGUAGGUGAGUAACAGCGAUUCCCAACAGUCAAAGCGGCGGUUGCCGGGCAGAAGAGGAAGCGCCCUGAACCCGGGUUUGAUCAGAGCUUCCCCACUAAGCUUGCAUCCCCAGCCGCCCCUGCACCUGUUCCGAUCUUUAGUUUCCCUCCCAGUCAAAUGGGGACCGUGAUUUGUAACUUGCUUCAGGCGAAUGUGAUCAUCUAUGAAGACUCUUGGCCAAGGAUUUGGCGUGGUGACAUAGGGACUCCAUGAUGGUUUCCUUGUUGGUAUCUUUAGUGGCCAUUUCUACUUUCACCAGACUGAUAAUGAAAGGCGUGCAGUUUUGAGGACACUUCCUGGAGAGAAGAGCUGAAAUACCAGUAUUCACUGGGGUUCGUUCCCCAGGCUGUCGGUGAUCACCUUCUCAUCCUUCUUCCUGUCCUCAAGAGUGCGUUUAAGGACUUCCAGCAGACCCUUGAUUCUUCAGCAAUGAAAUCCUUCUCUUUGGGUAAUAAUGUGUUGGUUGGAUUUAGGCCAAUGCUUUUCCUCCUUUGUCUAUAUUUUUCAAUCACUCUUUAUAAUUUAUAUUAAUGUCCUGACUGUACCCAUAAGCCUUUUCCUCUUUCACUGACAGAAUCUAUUUCAAGAGCAUGAGGAGUUACAGUACCCAGUUUUUCUUACCUAUGGUCUUAUCUCUGGGGUCACACAUUUGAUUUAGUUUUCUUUUUUUAAAAAAAUUAUCAAACAGCUACUUCAUACCAGACCCUGGAAAGGCUGUGUCUGUAAGAGGGACAUAAAGACCAAGUCCUUCAGGAAGAAAUGGACAUGCGUCUGACCAAGUGUAAUACGGUAUGACAAAUGUUACUAUGACAGCUAUGAAUAAAGGACUGUGAGAAACAGAGGUGGGGAUAAUUAAAUCUCUCAGGGGAAUCUCUUUCAGAAAAGAGGUAAUUUCUGAAUGAAGCCUAGAAAAUGAGUAAGGUUUUAACAAAUGAAGAGGAUUCUAGGUAGAGGGAAUAUGAUGGGGAAAAAGUCCAUCCCCUUGAUUCUGAUUCACCAAAAUGAGGAUAUUUGAAGGCAAAUCACAGCCUUUGCCCCAAAACCUGUCGCUUGAAGGGAGGUUAUAGUGCAUGGGAAACCAUAUCUGUGAAAUGGGAAUAAUAAUGACCGGAUGGAUUUCAUGGGAAAGCUGUAAGGAUUAAAAUUCACAAAAACUUAAUUUUCAUAAGCAAAGGUGUGUAUUUACAUGAGAAAUAAGACUCAUAAUUUAAACAUCAAACAAAGCUCCAGUGGUAUUGAAUAUUACCAUUUUUAUACCACUCCCUUACAUUAUGAUGACACCUGGUAACAUAGGUCAUCUAUGUAUCAGCUGAAUACCUUAAUUGACUUAACUAAGUAGCUAUGUUUUAUAUUUUCAACAUUGCUUAUUUUUGUACCGUUACAAGGAGGGCAGAAACGGGAGUGGAGCAGACUUGCCAGCCUGCUGAAUUAAUUACAAAUACAAUUCUGAAUUCUUACCUUAGCCAGAUUGCUGUUUUCCUAAAGGGUUACUUUUAAGAACACUGUGCUAUCACUUGCUUAUUUUGGUAAAGUACCUCUUUCCUUUCAUUGUAGUUGACAUUUUCUAUGCCUUUCUUUGUUCACAUUUUAUUUAUCUUGUAGCAGAUGAACCCUUUUAGCUGCAUAAAUUGCUUAAAAGUUCAUAUAUAAAUAGUUCCCAAAAGGAACAUGCUUUUAGUUACAUGAAGUCUAAUUUAUUUAUCUUUCUUUUUGCAAUGAUGAACAAGUAGCUAUUUUCUACUGCUUCUAAUGGAUUUAAUUUGUUGUAAAAAUCUGCUCGCAGGAUUAGCAAUGUCUAUCAUGUUACUAACAAUGGAUUAUUAAAAAAUAGAACACUCUAAAAUUGUAUAGUUAGUAAAAUGUUUCCCUCAAAAUGUUUUCUGGGGGAGUAGAAACUUCUCUUUCUGAUGAUACUGGAACUAUAGCAUUAAUGAGCAAAAGUAAUAGGAUAUACUGAAAUAAAUCAUUAAAUAUACAAUACGGAGACUUAAGAAGUUAUUUUAAUAGAAAUUACAUAUGAUUAGGGCAGACAUGACUUGAGUUCCACCCCCCCCCCCCCCCCAUAUAACUUCCCAUUUUAACUUAGGAAAGUUUCUCUAGAAUACCAAAGUAGAAUCUUCAGUGUCACUGAUAGAAAUUUUGGAAGUAUUUGAAAUGGUGUUGACUCGCAGACUUCUCUGGAGCUUCCUAGGUGUAGUCCGAAACUGACCCCUGUACACAGAACACAGGGAGAGACCAAAGAAAGUGGCAGGCCACCUCAGAUUGGUAAGUGGCAGUUUUAAUAAGCAAGGGGCCUUGCAUAUGAGAUGGUUUUGGGCAGCCCCAAGACCGGUAGAUCUCCGCAUCUGUCCGCUAAACUUGAAAGCUUAUGUAGAGGCCUUAACGGAGGUCAGACAUGUAAAUUGUCCAAAUGGUCUCAAUGCCAUGUCACUGUCUCUUCCUUGGGGAAGCUUCUAGGAGCAGAGAAGACAAAUAGAAUGCACAUACCAGGGACGGGGGAGGGAAUAAGAAGCCUCCAGUUGCUGGGUUCCAUCUCAUGGGUCAACAGGUAAUCAUGUCCCGUAGAUGACCUCCCCCAAUACUGUGAGGUCAAGAGGCAGCGUCCUAAUGAUACCUACGUUCCAGUAAAAGUUCAGUAGGAAAAAAGACAAGUGGAGAAAAAUGUUGACGUUUCUACGUGAACAUAACUGAAGUUGGUUUUCUGUGGUUAUAUUAAUAUUUGUAUUGGCAUCCUAAAAGCAUGUUGAAAUUUUGCAACAACCCUGGCUCAGUUAGGGUCUCAUUAACCAAAAGUCUUUGAUCAAAAAGAACAUGUGCAUUCUUUGUUUGUCUUUCCCAAGUUGGUCUGUAACUUGUGAAAUCAGUGGGAGGCCUCGUUCACAUCAUAACAUUUCCUCUUCGGCAGAGGACAGACAACCUUCCAUGUGUCCCAUUACGAUGUGCCAAUAGUGUCCUUUUGUGCCAAAAUAGAAUUUUUUAAGCUUUCUGAAAUACAAUAAAACAGAAAUUUUGAUGAUUCAGCAUA